AAACUAUUAAGUCUAAUAAACAAGAUAACUGCCGAGGAUGUAAAACUCGAAAAGAAUGCUCUCGAUUAUGUUAGUAGGCAGCCGGCACCUAUGUGUGUGAUGGAUAUAUUCGAGAACAAAGACAUAACAAUUGCUAUUUUUAUAUUGAAACAUGGAGUCAAGAUGCCUAUGCACGAUCAUCCUGGAAUGCAUGGUUUGUUAAAGGAAAAAGUAGACCAUACAACGAGAUUACACUUCAGGAGUUCACCGGAUUAGGAUAUGACGAACUAGAAUAAAAAUCUGUGUUAAUGAGAAAUAACUAGAGAAUGGUCCGUAUAAAGUUAAAAUAAUGUUAGUUUCUGUCUUUAAGUUUCUGUCCUUAAGUUUCUGCCUAUAAAGUUUUUUCUUUCUAUUUAUGAUAAUGUAAAUACGACAGAAACAAAUAAUAACAGAAUUAAUGUAUUUUUUAAAUAAAAUAAAACAUAUGCUUCUUGAUAAUUGCUAAUAUUAAAAAUUCUUUACAAAUAAUUAACAUAAAUAUUAACUUAAAUUAGUUUUUAAACUAUUUCUUAGGAUUAUAUUCGUUUUUUACAACAGUUUUUUUAAUAAUUAAUAAUUAUUAAAUCUCAUGUGAUGUAAUAUUCCAAAUAUGAACAUAAAAAUUAGUUUACUAUAUUAAUUUCAGCGUUUAUACGAGGUGUCGUAUUUUAAUAAUACGGGAAACUGGGGCUAUUUGGAACACUUUUUUUGCGUCUCCUGAGUCUUGUAUUUAUUUAAAAAAAAGUUGGAUGGUUUGCAAGGUUGAACCUUCCACUUUACAAUACCCUUAUAGAUAGAAGACGGAAAUGUAUUUGCUUUGAGUUACAUAUAAAAAUGUCGACUAGUGCCAAGUGUUCCGAAUAGCCCCGAGCCCGGGGUAAUUUGAAGUUAAUCCGGAAAUAUUCUGAAAUUUAUGUUUUAAUAUGAAAAAAUGUAAAAAAGCUAAUGUUAAGACUUUAUUUUAUUCAGAGAAGGAUAUAUAGUAUUAUACCAAAAUAUUACAUGCAAUAAAAGAAUACAAACGCACAAUAGAGAAUUUUAUUGCUUUAGCGUUUUUGGAACAAGUCAGGGACUAUUCGUAUUUUGUGUAAUUACAUCUGUUAAAUAUUAAAUUGUGUAUUUUGAUACAUAGAACGCGAAUAUGAAAGAAAAAAGUUGUUUGAACGACGAUUCGACGUUUGGUGUUUUAAAUAGCCCCGACAUCAACUGAGCACAUUAUUGCGUAUAAUCUACAAAAAUAAACAUUACACAGCUAAAAGUAAACACGAAGUGAUUCAAAUACAUACAACUGAACACGAUACAUUCAAAGUUUUCAGAAAAAAUCUUAUAUAUUUUAUUUAAAUUUCAAAGAAAUACUGACUGUCACAAAUUACUUUGACUGUCGCGAGACACAUUUUUUACUGCUACUACUGCAAUAUAACGCCGUUGCCAACGAAACUUUGUUAGCAGCGUCGUUACAUUAUGACGCGUUUACAGUAUUUAAAAUAAAUUUUUAACAUGUACCCAUAAAAAGAUAUUUCUAUUUUUCGAAUUGCUCCGUCUUUUGAAUAGCCCCGGUCUCUCCUAAUGAAAAAAACUAGGUUUAAGGAGUCAAUGCGCGGAUAUCUGUGCACUAAUAAAUAAUUAAAUAUAUUUAUUAAAAAUAUAAUUAUAUUGUUCACUACCAAUUAAUAUCCACUACAAAAUUAACGUAUAAAAAUGAUAAUGUAUAAAAAUAAUUCAAAUAUAAAUAAUUACACCUGUACAAUACUUUUGUUCAUACGGGAAACAUGGUGACUCUCUCUCUCUCUGAAACGACGUUGAUUGGGGAUAAGCCAUCCUUCUCGUUAUGCCCAACCAAUGACAUGUCAUCAGAAUAUGAAAUUAAAGUCUCAGUGAAUCCGAAGGACUAUGCUGAUAAAACAUUCGGCUCCUCUCUUCAUAACGUGCGGGAGGGGUGGUUCAAAAAUUUAUCAUCGUAUGACAUUUCAACCGAGGUACAAAUGUUGUUGCAGUUAGGGAAAAAUUUUUCCUUACCUCUGCUUGACAGAAGAAGAACCAUCCUUUCCUGUAUCAAAAACUUUGCAAAUAAUUUGGAGAAAGUAAAACCGAAUUUACAUCUGGAUAUUAGAAAUUUUGCUAUACUCAUUUUCAACAACCUGUUAUCACUUCCUCAGCACAACGAUGACGUCAACAACAGAUUGCGGUUUUUAUUGAAGGCCACGAACAAUUUUAUUCAAAAUAAUCUGGAUAUUGUUUUUACAAAAGCGGAUAAGGGCAAUAUCACUGUAGCCUUAAACGGUACUGUCUACAAAGAAAAAAUAUUACAGUUGCUGCAAGACCAUAACACUUACGUCAAAGUCAAAAAAGAUCCAACUAAUAGUAUGACAAGGAGUGUCCGCGAGCUGUUAACCAGAUGGAAGAACCAGAAUUACAUCACACCAGCAACGUAUAAAAAGGCGUACUGUAGCGAUGGCAACCUCCCAAGAGCUUAUGGCCUUCCCAAAGUCUAUAAGCCGGGAUGCCCUUUCAGAAUUAUUAUUUUGUCUAUCGACAGUCCGAUGUACGAUUUGGCAACCCUUUUGCACGAAAUUUUAUCGAAAAACAUUCCGAAGGCGCCGAGUAAUGUCGAUAAUAGUUUCCAACUAAUCAAGAAACUAAGAAGUAUUAAGUUGGAACCUGAUUUUUCUUUAAUCUCUUUAGAUGUUGUCUCGCUAUUUACUAAUAUUCCGGUCGAGUCGGUACUUGAAAGCGUUUCCAAUAGAUGGGAGCACAUUGAGAAAGCAUGCAAUAUUUCAAAGCAAGAAUUUUUAUUUGCAGUGCAAUUAGUACUAAACUCGACCUUCUUUAGUAUCGACAACAACUAUUACAAACAAAAAUUCGGCACUCCGAUGGGAUCUCCACUCUCCCCUAUAAUUGCAGAUUUUGUAAUGCAGGAUUUGGAAUUCAAAGCUCUAAAUAAGAUCGGAGUAGUGUUGCCUUUUUACUUCAGAUACGUUGACGAUAUCGUGAUGGCCGUUCCGAAUAACUUGAUCGAAUUUACGCUGUCGACUUUCAAUUCCUUUCACCCAAGACUACAGUUUACGAUAGAAAAAGGGGAUGACAGAAUCAAUUUUUUUGACAUUACUAUAAUUAAGAAAAAUCACAAUUUGAAAUUUGACUGGUAUCACAAGCCCAUUUUUUUGGGCAGAUACUUCAAUUUUUUGUCUGCUCAUCCGAUAUCCCAGAAAAGAGGGACAAUUAUGGGAAUGGUUGACAGGGCGUUUUUGUUAUCUGACCCACAGUUUCACAAAAAGAAAAUUGAGCUCAUUAUUAGUGUUCUUUUAAACAAUGACUAUCUUGUCUCAUUUAUUUUUGAGACGGUCAAUGCUCGUUUGAAAUCGCUUAUUUACAAACAGACACUCAAACAGACUGACAUACACACGGUUGAUGCCACUACUGAGGAAAAAACUCCAUGGUUUGUUUUACUUUACGUACCGCACAUUUCGAAUAAAUUUGCUUCCAUCACUAAGAAUUUAAAUAUAAAAAUGGCGUUUUUCAGUCUCAAUAAAUUGGGCAGGAUUAUUAGAGUACAGAAAGACGCUAUUCCGUCAAAUUCGAAGAAAAAUGUAUAUAAAAUUGUAUGUAAAGACUGUGAUGUUUCGUUGGCCAGACAGGCAGAAGAUUGAAAACAAGAACAGCGGAACACCGUAAUAACAUCAAUCGAAAUAACACGUCUCACUCAGUAAUCACAGAACACAGGAUUAAUUGUAAUCACGAAUUUGAUUGGGAUAAUGUUCAAAUUUUGGAUUCAGAGAGAUAUUUGAGCAGGCGUUUAGUGUCUGAAAUGCUUCAUAUCCAGAUGCAAAAGAAUAGUCUGAAUCUACAAUUGUACACCGAAUGCUUGCAUCAUACGUAUCUCUCAUUGCUAAAAAAAUUAUGAAUCUUGUAGGUAUACCAUGUGAUUCGAUUCUGGAAUUUUUAUAUUGACCUAACUUAUACAAUUUGUUUAUCUAAUGAUAUUUUGAUUUUGAACGAAUCUUGGGAUGGACUGCAAAGGUCUCAUAUUGAAAAAAUUUAUUUAUAUCAAUUUCUUUUUAAUUAUCACUGUCCUAUUUUAUAAACUCAUUUUUAUUUUUUAACUAAUAACUUUUGUUCUCUUCAUAUAAUCUAUUUAUUUCUCAACAGCGGAGAUUAUUUGUCUGUUCUGGUCCCCCUCCCCCUCCGCCUUGAAUAUUGACUAUAUAUAUUCUCUAUUUGACUUUCAAUGUUUCGUUAAAUCUACGGUUAACGCUCAGUCACUUGUAACGCAGCGCUGUCAGAAACACCAAAUUACAGCAAUUGAAAAUGUACUUGUAUAGUGACUGCAAGUUGCCACAUUUUUUUUCCAUGGUUUUGGUGGUUUUUGUCGUGAUCCGGUGGUGAGUCACUGCUUUAAAUAAUCUUGUCAAUUGUUUCGAUUUU